CCCGUGUUCGCAACCACCUUGACGCCCGAGCCGGCCUGAGGAGCGCUCAGAGAGGUAGAGACUCUCCGAGGGGACUGACGUCGAUAGCCGGGCCGGUUAAAAAAAAUUCAGUAGCCAUGUCUAAACCCCAUGAUGCCUUUAUCCAGACCCAGCAGUUGCAUGCUGCCAUGGCAGACACAUUCCUGGAACACAUGUGUCGCCUGGAUAUUGACUCUGCACCAAUCAUUGCAAGAAACACUGGCAUUAUCUGCACAAUUGGCCCGGCUUCUCGGUCAGUGGAAAUUUUGAAAGAAAUGAUUAAAUCUGGAAUGAAUGUCGCCCGUCUCAACUUCUCUCAUGGUACUCAUGAGUACCACGCAGGUACCAUCAAGAAUGUGCGAGAAGCUACUGAGAGCUUUGCUUCUAAUCCUAUCACCUACAGACCUGUUGCUGUUGCACUGGAUACUAAGGGACCUGAAAUUCGUACUGGACUCAUCAAGGGUAGUGGCACAGCAGAAGUGGAGCUUAAGAAAGGGGCAACUCUGAAAAUGACCCUGGACAAUGCCUACAUGGAGAAAUGUGAUGAGAAUGUCCUAUGGGUGGACUACAAGAACCUCAUCAAAGUUGUAGACAUUGGCAGCAAAAUCUAUGUGGAUGAUGGUCUUAUUUCACUGCAGGUUAAAGAAAAAGGUGCUGACUUUGUCCUCACUGAAGUUGAAAAUGGUGGAAUGCUGGGCAGCAAGAAAGGCGUCAACUUGCCAGGUGCUGCAGUAGACCUUCCUGCUGUUUCUGAGAAGGACAUCCAGGAUCUAAAAUUUGGUGUAGAGCAGAAUGUGGACAUGGUGUUUGCUUCUUUCAUUCGCAAAGCAGCUGAUGUUCAUGCUGUCAGAAAUGUGCUGGGGGAAAAGGGAAAGAACAUCAAGAUCAUUAGCAAGAUUGAAAACCACGAGGGAGUGCGCAGGUUUGAUGAGAUUAUGGAUGCUAGUGAUGGUAUCAUGGUAGCUCGUGGUGAUCUUGGUAUUGAGAUUCCAGCUGAAAAAGUCUUCCUUGCCCAGAAAAUGAUGAUUGGUCGAUGCAACAGGGCCGGCAAGCCAAUCAUCUGUGCUACUCAGAUGCUGGAGAGCAUGAUUAAGAAACCGCGUCCAACACGUGCAGAAGGAAGUGAUGUAGCCAAUGCUGUUCUAGAUGGAGCAGACUGUAUCAUGCUGUCCGGUGAGACUGCCAAAGGAGACUACCCUCUGGAGGCUGUUCGUAUGCAGCACCUUAUUGCUCGUGAGGCCGAGGCCGCUAUCUAUCACCGUCAGCUGUUUGAAGAACUUUUCCGCAUCACUGCUAACAACAGGGACCCUGCUGAUGCCAUGGCUGUAGGCGCUGUGGAGGCCUCUUUUAAGUGCUUAGCUGCAGCUCUGAUAGUUUUGACAGAAUCUGGCAGGUCUGCUCACCUAGUGUCCAGGUUCCGCCCCCGUGCUCCUAUCAUUGCUGUGACCCGUAAUGAGCAGACAGCCCGCCAGGCUCACCUCUACCGUGGCAUUUUCCCAGUGCUGUGCAAAGAGCCAACCCACGAUGCCUGGGCAGAAGACGUUGACCUCAGAGUGAACCUGGGCAUGGAUGUUGGCAAAGCUCGUGGAUUCUUCAAGACUGGUGAUCUGGUCAUAGUCCUUACAGGAUGGCGUCCUGGCUCUGGCUUCACCAACACCAUGCGCGUGGUGCCAGUUCCCUAAACAUCAAGCUCGGCGAUCUCAUCUCUUCCCUACUGUCUUGGCACCUUCCCCUUGCGUUAGACCAGCAUUUGCUUGCAGUAUUGUCGUUGUCCGUAGAGUG